CUUUUCUUCAAUGAAAACUGAGAUUGCGGAGGGGGGGUGGAAAAAGACCAUGAAAGGACAGAGCUGGAGGACACUUUUCAGGACUGUUUGUUUGGGAUAGUAUUUGUGGCUUGUCUUCCGACUUUUUUUAAUUUCAGUAAAUAAAGACUUGGGACGUUAUCUCAGGAAAAAGACAACGCUUUUACUAACAGCGUCCAACUGGUCCCGCUCGCGCCCGUGCGCUCCCUUCACUGAGAUUGAGCGCGAGCUAACAGAAGUUAGCUGGACGGCUAUCAGCAGCGGGUGAGGGGACAAUACAGCAGAAGAAGGGUCGACAGAGAGCGCCGUCGUCAAAACCCAGUAGCAUGUCGCCCUCGGGAAGAAGUAACUCAAGUUUUGGAUGAGGUUCCGUGGCGCUGGUCGAUCGCAGAGACUUUUUAAAGCGACGGUGGGCUGUGAUGUUUCUGCCAGCGCGGGGCUCCGUUGGAGGCGCGGCGUCGGCGGUGUCCCGGGGUUGGCCGCAUACGGUACAGUGGAGACUAGUGGGUUUCUUUCUCCUCCUGCUGCUCGAAGGGGCCCGAUGCCUCGCCAACCCUAGUAAUUCACCAGGCAUAAACAAUAACAACAGGCCGAAUGUGAACAUCUUCAUGAGCGAGGAAGAGGUCAAGAAACUCCUAGGUCUUGAUGCUGAGUUGUACUAUGUGAGGGAUGAUGUGGUCAAUCACUAUGCCCUGUCCUUCGUCCUACCAGUGCCCAGUGACACUAACAGUCUGCAUUUCACAUGGCAUUCCAGCAGCAAGGUGGAUUACCGGUUGGGGUUUCACGUGGAAAACACUUCAGCCAUGGAUCAACCUCAAAGCAACAUCUCUGUGCAGGGGGAAGUUCCACGCACUCGUUCAGUGUUUCGAGUGGACCUUUUCUGCUCUGGCAAGGCUGAUGGAGAGGCUGUGCUAACAGUGCAGCUCAACCUCUCUACAGCAGCCAACUUUACAGUGCUCAACUUCAAACGCAGGAAAAUGUGUUACAGAAGAAUAGAGCAGCCAGAGCCCCCCAAAACUCUGCCAUUCCCAAACACAACCAUACAGAGAAUAGAUGCGAGCAGUCCGAACGCUCCGACCACAUCCACACGAGUUUUCUACAUCAGUGUGUGUGUUUGCUGCAUCGUCAUCUUCCUGGUAGCCAUCAUCCUCGCUGUGUUGCACCUCCACAGCAUGAAGAGGGUGGAAAUGGAUGACAGCGUCAGUGACAGUGGAAGCUCUCAAGGUCUGUCUCAGCCUUCCACCCAGACCACCCAGUACCUGAGAGCAGACACCCCCAACAAUGCUACACCUGUCACAAAUGCUCAAACUGGCUCUGCACCCAUGCUCCAGCUUGCAGGCGCCUCCUUCCCUCACCCCGGUGCCCCCUCGCACGAAACCAAAAGUUAUCCAUCUCUGCGGAUAGAGAAGAAUGAUUUGAGAAGUGUAACACUCCUUGAGGCCAAAGCAAAGGUUAAAGACAUUGCCAUUUCCAGAGAGAGAGUCACACUUCGAGACGUCUUACAUGAAGGGACUUUUGGCCGCAUAUUUCAUGGAGUCUUGCUUGAUGAGAAGGACCCAAGCAAAGAAAAACAAGUCUUUGUGAAAGCAGUGAAAGAUCACGCCUCUGAGGUACAGGUGACCAUGAUGCUUACAGAAAGCUGUAAACUACGGGGCCUUCACCACAGGAACUUAUUACCCAUCAGCCACGUGUGCAUAGAAGAUGGUGAGAAGCCCAUGGUCCUGUUGCCUUAUAUGAACUGGGGAAAUCUUAAGCUUUUCCUUCGCCAGUGUAAGCUUGCAGAGGCCAACAAUCCACAGGCCAUCUCUCAGCAAGACCUGGUCCACAUGGCAAUACAGAUUUCAUGUGGGAUGAGCUAUUUAGCACGGAGAGAGGUCAUUCACAAAGACUUGGCUGCCAGAAACUGUGUAAUUGAUAACAGCAUGCAAGUCAAGAUCACAGACAAUGCUCUAGCUCGUGAUCUCUUCCCUAUGGACUACCACUGCCUCGGGGACAAUGAGAACCGACCAGUUCGCUGGAUGGCUUUGGAGAGUUUGCUGAACAAUGACUUCUCCAGUGCCAGUGAUGUGUGGGCUUUCGGAGUAACUCUAUGGGAGUUGAUGACUUUGGGACAGACUCCUUACGUUGACAUCGACCCCUUCGAGAUGGCCGCCUAUCUAAAAGAUGGCUACAGAAUAGCACAACCCAUCAACUGCCCCGAUGAACUAUUUGCAGUGAUGGCGUGUUGCUGGGCCUUGGAUCCGGAAGAGAGACCAAAAUUCCAGCAGCUCGUCCAAUGCCUCACCGAGUUCCACGCAGCUUUGGGGGCCUACGUGUAAACUGGCUCAAACCAGCCGAGUUGUUGAUCAGCACUAUUCCAGCGAAUAAAAGUAAACGCAGUGCCUUACUUUAUACGAAACUAGCCAUUUUAUAAAGUGUUUGUACUUCAUGCGAUAUGAAACGCGCUUUUGUUUUGGACGAUGUAGCUUCGGAGGUCAGUAUCAUUUGUAUAUCACAGCUGUGUGAAAUAACAAGGACUAUUUCUGAUUCUCAAACAGCCAGAUUUGUUUGGAAUGCUGGUUUUAGGGUGUCCACAGGAAGCUGCUGUUUCACAAAAGAUGCCUCCUAACAAUAGAAGUGACAAGAAACUGACCUAAAAGUUUGGAAAUUUCCUUUUGGACAUUUUAAAAUAUUGCUCGAAGUAAUUUGUGCAUAAUAUGUUUUCAGAGACUUCAGCGAGAGGAACGUAUCUCCGCUGCGUUAUGUCCUGCAUUUAUUUGUUUGUUUUUUUAGACCACUUUGUGAGAGAACAGGUCUCCACUUCCUUAAAUAUAUACUGAAAAAAAGGCCUCAUCCAGGACACGGCAAUUGGUACGUAAACUAGAUGUAAAAUAAAUGACAGCUUUUCCUUUCGGAACUAAAGAUGAUAGAGUCCUUACAGGUUUACCUCCUUAAAUUAUGAGAUAGUCGUGGAGGUGUGGAGCAGUGCGUUGGGAUCCUGCAAGUCAACUGGACUUUGGUACAGGGUUUUUUUUUUUUUUUUUUUUUCAAAAUUCCUAAAGCUUUUGAUGUUUGACUGUUCUGUGUCAGAACAAUGCCUUCCUUGUACGUUUAAAACUGUAUGAAUACAUGGACAAGAAAAGAAACAUGAGUCACUGUGAAUAUUUGACAUGUAUGGCCUAGACACCAUUCUCCAAUCUUUUGUUCUGAAUCUAUAGGCUCUUCUUUCUAUCCUUGUGAUCACCGCAUGUUGACUUUUUUAAAAGGUUUUUGUGUAAACUGAAUUCAUACCUAUCGAUUAAAUGAGGCCUCUAAAUAAAACGAGAUCUCUGUGUUGGC